UUAACGACCCACAUUCAGAUAAAAAAUAAUCCAUUCAAUGAAAGCAAAGAUUCUUGUUAAGUUCAUUAACAACAAAGAAAUUAAUUCCAGUUCCAUUAGUGUAUUCCAAAAAGCAGAAUGUUAAAAUUAUCUCAUUGAUUGAAUUAUCUUAUAAAUACAACAAUAAUAAAACUCAAGUUAAAUAUGAGGAAAUCAAAUCUAUAUUUAAAUGAAUCUUCUCAAGAUCAAAUAUUUAAAACAAUAAACAAAUAACUAAAACUUAUAUCAUUCAUUAUAAUAUACAAUAUGGAUGAAUUAUACUUAACUACAAUUGAUGUUGGACAAUCUAAUAAAGAAUAUCAAAUUAAAACUGUCAAUAGAAUAGAUAAUAAUCAAUUAAAUUUAGUAACUAUGAAUGAAAUAAAUCAAUAUCAUUCAAUGAUAUUUAAUCCAUAUAUACAAUCAAUCAAUAAAGUAACCAUAUUGAAUUUACAAUACCCUAAAAUACAAAUACAGAAACGAUUAUUAAAUAUUUUACAAAAUUUAUUAUUAAUUUUCACCUUUUUACAAUUUUGUAUCAUUAUUUAUUUAAUUAAUCAAUAUGAUAUAUAUUUAAGAUUAAGAUCACCAUUAAAUGAUUUACCAAAUUAUACAGCUACACGAAUACCAUGGAUACCUGAACAAUAUAAAUUAAAAAAUCAAAUGAAUAUAAUUUGGUGGUCAAUUUGUAUGAUUUAUAUGCCAUUAAUGAUAAUAUUUUGUAAAUAUUACUUAGAGUUUAAUGAAAAUGAACUUAACAAAGAAAAGGAUAAAUGGAUAAUGAAAGGAGAUAUACGAGAAUCCCAGUCAGAACAAUCUUAUAAGAAGAUAGUAUGUGGUAAAAAAUUUCGUCAACUCAUACCAGUCUUUUGUUUUACGACAAGUACAUUUUUAUGGUUAUUCUAUCUCAUAGGUUUUUAUAACUGUUUAUAUUUUAUCCAUUACAAUUAUUGGCGCAAAGUUAUACAUAAUUGGCUUUAUCAAUUACAUAGUUUCUAUUUAUUAAAUUUAAAUGAAUCAUCUAAUGAAAUCUCACAAAUAUCAUCACUAAAAACGCAUCAUCUACUAGAUGAUGGUGAAAAUUCAUUUUUGAUCAUUGAUAUUAUUCAAAAUAUGUUUGAAUGUUGUGGAAUUGAUAAAGGGUAUAUGGAUUGGAUAUCUAAUCAUAUGAAAAGACCAUAUUUACAUACUUAUCAAAAUUUGAUGAGGUAAGAUUGAAAUGUAAAUGAUUCCCAUGAAGCAAAUUAUCCCAUUGAAAUAAUAACGAAUACUAGUGUACCAUUUAGUUGUUAUAAAAGAAUCAAAUAUAGUUUAGGCAGAAACAAUAUACUACUUACUAAUCGUAAUAAUAUUAGUUUAGUUAGUGGUAAUGAAUUAUUUCAUAAUAAAGGAUGUGUUGAACCAAUUUUAUACUUUCUUACAUCGAAAUGGAUGAAAUUACAAAUGUUAUGCCUGCUAAUAAUUAUACUCACAAUGAUUCCUCAAAUAAUCGUGAUGUUGGCAAAUAUUCAAAUGGAAGAAUUAUGGAAAGAAUUAAAAACACUAGUGAAUACAAUUAUAAACAUUACAAAGAAUGGAAUAGUGAAAUUUAUAGAAAUAACGAAAACUGGAAUAUCUCGAUUAAAAAGAUUUUUUCUCGUACAUAUUUUCGAUACAGCACAGUGACGUGUUCACAGAAGACCUAGGGAGACAGUUUGGAUGGUUAAAAUGAGGACCUCAGUAAAAACUACAUAUUUGUGUACUGGACUGACACAUUAAAUGAACGGAAGAAUUUUUGAUGACAGACAUUGAACUUUUAUCGAACACUGGAAAAGGAUGGUUAUCCUCACACGGACAUUCACGUGCAUCCAACAGGUGACGGCCCAUUUGUGUUUUGAGUAAAACCAGGAACUUCAUCUCAAACAAUGAGUUCAAUAUUACCAUUGGAUAAGCUUACUCGCUAUGAAACUCUGUUACUGCCUCUCCAGCUCAGUUGGUCUCAAAUCCUUCAUAUAUUGAUUUACUUGACGCAGCCUUUCAUGUGUAUCAACCUAGAUCUAAUCAGAUGAAAGUAAUCACUUGACAAACUUGGAGAUGUCAACAAUCUGAAUAAUUACCUGUGGUAUUUGUACGAAUUAGUGAUUUCCUUUAACUUGAUUGCCCGUAGAUUACGAAUUUAAAAUAUCCAUUUGUGUUCAUAUAGUUCUACCUGCCUCAGAUUGCACUAUUUCGGGAAUUUUUAUUUAGCAUACUAAUUCGAAUACUUCUAAUUGCCAUAGUACCACAGUUAUCAGUUACUUAUCCGAGUGUUUUGUAUUUCAAACAUGACUGUUAUUAUCUUUACAUGCCUUAAUAUUGAUAAUAAAAUGCAGUCUCUUGAAUCGGAGUUAAAUUCACAUACCAUCUCCCUGAAACAAGAUUUUGAACAAUAUUCAGUACUAGAUUGAAUUUGAGGAAUUAUGUUGUCUACCAAAACAAAAAGCUCCUAGACAAUGGACCCUUGCCUAUUGUCGUUGUAGCAGGGAUUUAUAUCACCAUAUCCAAUGUCUAAAAAUACUUUAUCUGUCUUUUAAGCUUCAACGUCUUCCAGUGAGAUAGAUCUUGCCCAUUUUGUGUAUUGACCAAAUAAUUUUAAACGUUGAGUAAAGUUAAUUGCUAAAGGUGAUGGUCUGACUGCGUGGACGUGAAUUUUGUCUGACUUACAACAGAUAUUAUGAAUGUGUUUAGGAAAAAAGUGUGAGAUCGAAAUUAUGACUUACAACAACUGUUUAUUGACUGUUGUCGAAGGUAGCGUUCUUGGCCAAAAACGUACUUUGAUAGGAGACGUUGAAAACAUCUAUGAUCUCCUCCAAAACAUUUCAUCAAUCUCCCUAUCACCUUGAUGUUGUUUCUCUAUUUUUGAGUAACCCAUAUCAACUGAUACAAGAAAAUCUGUAGUGACUCACUUCUAUCACGAGAACACGACUGGUUUAAUAAAAACAAUUAUUAUUAUAACCAACUGUACCAGUGUUUGUUUUAAUGUGCUUUUGUUUAACUGUGCUAAUUAUAGCCAUUUUGUCCUUCCAUUACCUUCUAUUAUUGUUUCGCGGUUUUUGGUACUGUUCGCAUGUACUCCUUUCUCCUGCUUCCACUUGUGCCGUUCCUUGCCACGAUCUUGUUAUUCGUUCGAUACCACGAGAUCGCCAACGAAAUAAACC